AUGUCCUACAUCCUUGCUACACCGGAUCACUCACUGGCAAUGGAAGCUCCAUUUUCACCUUCUUCAACCAUUACUGCCCCCCCUGACUACCAUGAAGCCGCCCGACGGUUAGCCAGAAUGAUUGCGGAGGCUAUGACAUGCAACUUCACCCUCAUGCAUUAUGAUAGUGCCUUGGAGUCCAUGAUCAAAUGGUGUUGGCCUAUCGGUUGUGAUGGAAAAAAAAUUCCGCCAUCCCAUCUAGAGAUGCACCGUGAUGGAUACGAUUUUAGAUUCCCAUGCUGCUUAUGUGCUGAUGGUGGUGGAAGAGGGGUGUAUGUAGAGUCUGCUGUGUAUUCUUGGUGGGAUGAGGGUACCAAAAAGACUGAUUGGACCACAAGCCGCCUUCUGGUACCCUCAAAGAGGGAGCAAACAGAACUGUUGAACAGACUCAACUCUUCUAUUGGUGAUGGAAUUCCUGCAAGGGAGUUCUGGGUCCUGUUUAGACGCUGCAAAAAUGCAUGCAAGUAG